UCUCGGACACGUUGCCGACACAACGGUUAUAAAGCGCCGUGUCAAUGGCUCUCGGAAACGAGAAUGCCGCCUCUCGAUGGGAUUUCUAAACGAUAUAGCGAAUGUUUCUGACGAUGUAACAAGCCGGUUGAACGCGCCGCGUUCUUGUAAUUGUUUUUGCGAAAUUGUUGCAUUAACGCGCUCGAAACUGAAAACGUACUUCAUUCACCAUGAGAAAUAUUCCUUUACUUGGCCGUGGAAAUUGCCAAGGUUUUGACGAUGCAGUAGAGGAACGUAUUAUUAAUGAAGAAUACAAAAUAUGGAAGAAAAAUACACCCUUUUUAUACGAUCUGGUGAUGACACACGCUCUGGAAUGGCCUUCUCUGACUGCCCAAUGGCUGCCAGAUGUCACCCGGCCAGAAGGAAAGGAUUAUUCAGUGCAUAGAUUGAUCUUGGGUACCCAUACUUCGGAUGAACAGAAUCACUUGCUCAUUGCUAGCGUCCAGCUUCCAAAUGAAGAUGCGCAGUUUGAUGCUUCUCAUUACGAUAACGAGAAGGGUGAAUUUGGUGGAUUUGGUUCUGUAAGCGGCAAAAUUGAAAUCGAGAUCAAGAUUAAUCAUGAAGGCGAGGUCAACAGAGCGAGAUACAUGCCACAGAAUCCAUGUGUGAUUGCAACAAAAACUCCUUCAAGUGAUGUGCUUGUAUUUGAUUAUACCAAACAUCCAAGUAAACCAGAUCCCAAUGGAGAAUGUCAUCCAGAUUUGAGAUUACGAGGACAUCAAAAGGAAGGCUAUGGUCUCUCAUGGAAUCCGAAUCUCAAUGGAUAUCUGCUUAGUGCAUCCGACGAUCAUACAAUCUGUCUAUGGGACAUCAAUGCUACCCCAAAAGAAAAUCGUGUUAUCGACGCUAAAACCAUUUUCACAGGCCAUACAGCUGUGGUCGAGGAUGUAGCUUGGCAUUUAUUACAUGAGUCAUUAUUCGGUUCAGUUGCUGAUGAUCAAAAGCUCAUGAUUUGGGAUACUAGAUGCAACAACACUAGUAAACCAAGUCAUACUGUUGACGCUCACACUGCUGAGGUGAAUUGUCUCAGUUUUAAUCCAUAUUCCGAAUUUAUACUGGCUACUGGUAGCGCAGACAAAACUGUUGCACUUUGGGACUUGCGAAAUCUAAAAUUGAAGUUACAUUCGUUUGAAUCGCACAAAGACGAGAUCUUCCAGGUUCAAUGGUCGCCACAUAACGAGACGAUAUUAGCGAGCAGUGGCACAGAUAGACGAUUGCAUGUUUGGGAUCUCAGCAAAAUCGGCGAGGAGCAAUCGAGCGAGGAUGCCGAAGACGGACCACCCGAACUUUUGUUCAUACACGGAGGUCAUACCGCAAAAAUUAGUGAUUUUUCAUGGAAUCCGAACGAACCGUGGGUUAUAUGCUCGGUAUCGGAGGAUAAUAUAAUGCAAGUGUGGCAAAUGGCAGAAAAUAUCUACAACGAUGAAGAACCCGAAACACCGGGCAGCGAAAUCGAGACUGGCGGUUCAUAACGCGGAAUGUAAUUCGAGUCGUUUUGAAUUAUCGCCAUCGAUUGAGGAUUAUAAGCGCAGCUACAAUUGCGCGUCAUGUUGUUAAAUCUUUUGGCAUAACAACUGACACAACACAGACGACGACACACAUUUCUUUCCAUCGAGAAAUAAUAAUCCUCGCUUUUAAUCGAUCUAGUGCGUAAAUUAACACGAAAGAUGUUGUAAUUAAGAAAAAAAAUUUAUCACCAUAUUUUCGGAGGUUCCAUGAACACAUUUUGGAUAGAUAAGAUAAACAAUAGACAUUUUAUCGCAUUUGACUAAAUGGAUUUAUAUCUUCUUGAAUGGCAAUUGCGAAUAGCGAGUAUUAUUGUUUCACGAUGACGACUUGGCUAUGUUAAAAAAACAACUGAAUAAACUAGCUGGUUGAUAAAAGCUAGCUAGAACAGAAUAACUGUUAGUUCUACCCGUUAUUACAAAUCAUCUUUUUGUAUGAAGGCAUUAUUUCUCUGUCACAGAAGAGGAAGCUCAAGUAAGAUUAGGACAUGCCAAGUACUUUUUCUACUUCGUUUUAAGCGUGAAUAAUAAAGAAAUGACCCAAACUCGAAUGAUGCUUAGUUCAACUUGCGCUUUUCCCAAUUUCCUUUAUUACUAUUUUUUUACGACUUUUUGCUACUAUAAUCCUCACAGUAAUUUAAAACAAUUAUAAAUAGAAAAAAAAAACAAAUAUUAGAUAGAUAGGGAAUUGCUGACUUUUUUUCUAGAAUUAAAUUCAAUAAUCAGAAAAAUAAUUAUUUUUAACAGCUUACAAUUUUUUUUUCUUAUCUGUAUCAAUAAAUAAGCACGUUCAAUACAAAGAAAGCACGCAAAUCAAUUUCACACUACAUUAUCAUUGUACAAAUCUUUUAACAAGCACUUUAAUAAAAGCGGUUAUGAUAUAAUCAUUUCCUUGGCACUUUGCAAGUGUGUAUAAUAGGAAGUGCACUCUUAUUCGAGAUAAAAUAUACAUAUAUAUGUGUAGACUUUGUUCCUACAUUAUAAAGCUGUUUGUGAAAGCUCGUUGUAUAUCUGCGUGAGUAAGGAGCUGUCGUAUUCAGAGCUGUUCAUUGAUAUUCGUUUAGUAAUAUUUGGUUCAGCGUCUUCGUUGUCGACAUUCAUAAUUCUGAAAAAAAAAGAAUAAAGCGCACAUAUAAUGUU